AGUACCGUUUAGUCAAAACAAUAUAUUGUUGACAACAUACUUAGAAGCAGUGACUUACAAAUCUCUUAAAUAUGGCAAAGUUGAAGAAAUAUGGCACCAUACCAUUGUACAUAGUAGAAGAUCACAAUGAAGUAGUGCCGUUCAUACACAGGGCCAUAGGUGGACGAUACUUACCCAUGUCAGAUAUCAUCUUUGUUCAUUUUGACUCUCACCCGGAUCUGCUAAUCCCAGCAGAGCUGAAGGCUGAUGACAUAUUCAACAAAGACAUCCUUUAUGAGAGCCAAAGCAUAGAAAACUGGAUACUGCCUAUGGUAUAUGCAGGACACAUCAGUAAUGUGGUCUGGUUCAAACCUCCUUGGUGUGAUCAGAUCACAGACAAAACAAUUCAGUUUGAUGUGGGCAAAUGUUCCUCUUCGGGCUAUCUCAGGACCAGCUGCAAAGAAAGUUACUUUGUCAGUGAGACCUUAUAUAGACCAGUGGGAAAACUACUUAACAGAAAAACUCUCACUUUAACUGUGGUUACUGUCCAGCCCACCAACUGGCCAGGAAAACAUCCAAUAACGAAAAACCACCAAAAUGGGGCACAUAUUAUAAAACAGAAGGAAGUAAAUAUGUGCCAGCCAGGUGACAACUCUGAAUCAAUAGUUGAAGGAAAUUGUCAUAAAAAUAAAGAUUUGUCAAGUCUGGGAAAAGCUUGCAAGCAAGACACUGGGAGCAAACGUGUGAAUGAUGGGAAUACAUUAACUACAGAUAAGUGCCAAGUUGCACAUGACGGUGUGUGUCUGACAAAAAAGCAGCGACUGGACACAAGUCAACAAGGUAGUCAGGAAUCUCUGUCACCAAUAUCAGACAGAUUUAUUUCAAAAUUGGAAAAUUUGUUUGAAGAUUUAAAAGAUCAUCAUAUAGUUUUAGAUAUUGAUUUAGACUUCUUUUCAACUAAGAACCCAUUUCAAGAAAUGUACACUCCUAGACAGUUCCAGCUACUACAAGAUCUGUAUGUCUACAGCAAACCUACAGACGACUCGGAUGAGGCAAUCACAAGGUGUGUUGAAGAAAGAGAAGCCCAACUGUCUCAGCUAAAACAAAUACUCUUGUCCAUGGGAGAAACCCCAGGAACGAUUCCAAAACAUGAAAGGUCCGAGUUAAUCCUAACUCUGGUUGAAGAUCUGAAGCAAUCUUUUGGAGAAGACGGUGUGGACUUUGGAUUAUUACAUGAUGCUGGCUGUACAUGUGACGAUACAGAGUUGCCUCACCAUGUCAGCAGCAAGGAGGAGAUAACUCUCUUGGCAGAUUCUGUCCAGGAACUACUGUGUCACAUGCACAAACCAACUAUCAUCACCAUGGCCAGGUCCAGUAAUGAUGAUUACUGCCCUCCAGAUCAAGUGGACUCUAUACAGGAUCAGACCCUAGAAAUCCUACAAGAUCUCUACUUAAAGCUCAAUCUGACUGCUUCCUACUGAAUAAAAUAUCUUACUGGAUCUGAACCUAAAUCUGAUCACUUUCUUAUGGACUCAGAAAUAGCACAGGAUUUGCACAUGAAUUUCAAUCUGAAUGCAUCUUCUGGACCCACAGAUCUUAUGGCAUUGGUAGAUGAAAAUAAACCCAACUGACUGCAUCUGAAUAACCAAGAAAUCAUACUGAAUGCAUACAUGAAACUCAAUCUUACAGGAUCUUAGUAACUCAGAAAGAUUACAGGAUUUGUACUUGUAACUCGAUCUGACUGCAUCUAAUUGACCUAGAAAUCUCACACAAUCACUACCUAAAGUUUGAUUAUCUAAGAUCUGUACCUGAAGAUUCUCAUUUGGUUUAUUGAAGUGUGAUACUUUAAGUAAAUAUUAACAUACCUAAACAACAACUCAAGUCAUCAGUGUGUAUAUUUUUUUAUGUUUAUUUAAAAAGAAAUUAAAUACUGAUUAUUUCAA